CCCAAGGCACACUCACAGUCAGAGAGAGAGAGAGAGAGAGAGAGAGAGAGAGAGAGAGAGAGAGAGAGAGAGAGAGAGAGAGAGAGAGAGAACGGAGGUGGUCUUAGGAGGAGAAGGUUAGGGGGGUUUCCUUAAUCAACAUCUGCUAAUCGAUGGCGAUGUAGCUUGGUGAGAUUCUGGAAGAUCAAGGAGAGGAGGAGAAGCUGGAGGAGGGCGAGGGUGAGGACGAGGAGGAGGGGAAGGAACUUGACUUCCUCCACGUGAUAUACGCUCCAUCACGGGCGAUCUCUCUCUCUGUCGGCCUGUCUGUCUGUCUGUCUGUCUCUCUCUUCUGUCUCUCUCUUCUCCCUCAAUCCGAUGCGAGGAAUAGUGGGUAAGAGGAUCGUCGUUUGCCCCUGCUUCAGAGCGAGAGAGGAAGAUGCGAUGCGGGGGAUUCAUCGGUGGAUCUCUGUCAUAGAUGUGAGAUGACAAGAGGAGAGGUCAGCAUUGUUGUUGGCUCUAUGAUCCACCUCUGGCCGUCCUCAGCGGAUCAACCAGUGAGUAAUUAGCUGAGGAAGACGAUGGCAUUGAUCGAUCGAUCGAUCGAUCGAUCGAUCGAUUGAUUGAUUGAUUGAUUGAUUAAUUAAGUGAUCAAUAAUCGACGAUGAGUAGUUGAGGAAGGAUCAGAGUAUCCCGCGUUGUUCGUUCUCGUAGUACGCCAUUCCUUUCGUCUUCCUUCCUCUCCCUCCCUCCCUCCCUCUCUGUUUCCUUCCCCUCUCCUUUCCUGUUUCCUACCGUACUCCAGGUGGGUUUUGCGCAAAUAGAUCUCUGAGGGAUAUCGAUCUGAGAAGAAGGCUUGGUCACUGCCCGCCAUUGGGUUGUAUCCCAUCUUCCACCCUCUCUGUCUCUCUUGUCCUCCUCUCUCCCUCCCUUCUCUUAUCUCUUUCCUUCGGGUUACGUGUGGCACCCCUUACAGGGACAGAUUUGUGAUUUGGAUCGCCACUGAGAAUCUGCGUAAUCGGCCGAGCAUCUCUCCUCUCUCUCUCCUCUCUCUCUCCUCUCUCUUCUCUCUCUCUCCCCUCUCUCUCUUCUCCUUUCCGUCAGGCGAAUGCUGUCGUCUCUCUAUGUUAGGAUAACAUAUUGGCACGACGAGGGCAGAUUAGAAAUUUGUAUGUGUUCCAGGGACAUAUUGUGAUUUGGAUCGCGACCGAGAAUCUGCGUAAUCGGCCGAGUAUCUCUCCUCUCUCUCUCCUCUCUCUCUUCCCCUUUCCGUCAGGCGAAUGCUGUCGUCUCUCUAUGUUAGGAUAACAUAUUGGCACGACGAGGGCAGAUUAGAAAUUUGCAUCUGUGACGGCAGGGCAGAUUCGUAAUUUGCAUCUGUGACGAGAGGCGGGGGCAGUUUGUCCUCGAGGUGCAUUGCUGUCUGUCUUUCUGUAUCUCCCUCUCGGUGUCGUCUUCCUCUCUCUUUCUCUCUCCCUCUCUCUUCGUGUUAAGUCCGGAUCCUUUUUUUUGUUCCCCGUUUUCUCUCGCCCUCUCCUCCUCCUCCUUACUCUUCUGCCUUCCUUUCCGCGAGGCGGAUGCCGUCGUUUUUAUUACCCUUCAGAAAAGAGGAUAAGGAUAAGGAUAAGGGGUGUUUUGGGGAUUACAGAGGGCCUGAAGAGGGUCAGCAGAUUUGUCAUCUCCAUCUUCAACGGCGGGUGUCGGCGGCGACGGCCGCACGACUAACUCCCGCCAAUGAAGCUAUAUGUGUCUCCUAGCAUGCGUAGGAUCACCAUUUCCACUACAGGUGGGGCUGGACUUGAUGCUGUACGAGUGCGAUUUCCGUCUCGGCGCUGGACUUACCGCUGCGUGUUUCUAGGUCUCCUAGGACUCGCCUUCAUUCUGCCGGCUCUCUUCAUCGUAACGGCGGUUUUGACAUUGCCAGAUUGCACAGGAGAAGACUGUUUUUCAGAGUGGCGAACGCGAGGGCGCGUGAGCAGUGAAGAUAAAGGACCGAGUACUAAGGAUCCUGAAAUUCCGCGCCGACCACCAACUGAGGACAUACCGGAGACAUACGAGAAGUUAGUGCGAGAGACGGCAGCAUAUGGUUAUAACACAGAAACAAUCAUAGCAAAACUGAAAGCCAUGGUUCAAGUUCAGGAGGAGAAGAUGCAUGUGGCAAUGUUGCAGAGAGCAUUGUUUCGACACAUCGCAUCCGUUAGUGUGCCGAAGGGCAUCCACUGCCUUUCGCUGCAUCUAGCAGCAGAGUAUGCGAGCAACCCACGUGCGCAGCGGCCUCUGCCUUCUGAAGAUAAAGCCUGGCGGCUAGUAGAUAAUCGUUUCCAUCACAUAGUAUUGAUAACGGAUAACGUGCUCGCUGCAUCUGUCGUGGUGAAGUCGACAGUAAACAGCACAGCAGAUUCCUCACGACUCGUCUUCCAUAUCAUCACAGACGACAUGACGUACGCGGCAAUGCACGCGUGGUUUGCAUUGUACGACAUUGGCGAUGUGACUGUGGAGGUCAUGGGCAUGCAUCAGAUUGUCAAAGCGGCUGGGCAGUCGGGCCUCUCCUGGCACGAAGACAAGGUCCUCGACGCGUUUGAAAGGGCACCGCAGUCUGUCGAAAACCAUCUGUAUGGAGCUCAGAACGCCGACUUUGAGAAAUGGGACUCGCCAAUGGUGGAGGCAGCACGGAUGCAGGCCAAGAAUCCACGAUACGUGUCGUGGAUGAACUAUUUGAGGAUGUGCCUACCAGAGGUUUUCCCGAAGCUGGACAAGGUGGUUUUCCUUGAUGAUGAUGUUGUUGUGCGGCGCGAUCUAUCUGAACUCUGGGAGAUCGAUCUGCAGGGCAAAGUAAACGGCGCCGUGCAGAUGUGCGGAACCAGUUUGGACAGGUGGAUACCGUCCAAGACGUUCCGCUCAUACUUCAAUUUCUCCAACCCUGUCAUAAAAACCACCCUCGACCCCGAGGAAUGCGCCUGGGCCUAUGGUAUGAAUGUGUUUGACCUGCGGUCGUGGCGGCAGUCGAAUAUCACAAGGGUGUACCAUAGCUGGCAAAAGCAGAAUAUUGAGUCAAAUUUGACACUCUGGCGUUUAGGAAUGCUGCCAGCGGCAUUGAUAGCAUUUCGAGGGCAUGUGCGACCUAUUGAUCCGUCAUGGCAUGUUCUUGGGCUUGGGUAUCAGCCAGAGAUCACCGCAUCGGUGAUCGACAAGGCGGCUAUUGGAGUUGCCCAAUUUGUGGAAGGUGGUGAUGUGAGGCACGUUCAAAAGGCGAUCGUUUCAGCACAAUCGUACACGGAUGAUUGGAGUAGAAAGUCGGUCAAGAAGUCAACGACGUUUCAGAUUGUGGUGCUAGCGAAACAACAAGUAGAGUGCUGGUCGAGGCACUCGACUCUGCAUGCCGGGUCAAUCGCCUUGGCUCCAUAUCGAUCUCUAGAGUUUGGUGAUUGGCUGGUCAACAAGUCGAGGGAUGGUCAACAUGUCAAGAUUUGGUCAAUGGUCAAACCACUAGUACCUCGCCCAGUGUUGGGAAAUUAGGGAAAACUGGCAGUUUUCCCAAACUCCUGGAAAUUCGGAGGCCAGGCUCGAUGACGGCUGCCAUUGAUAAAUCUGAUCGGCGGCGGUCGUUUCGUUUCGGCCAUCCGAAAAGGUCGGAGGCCCCACCCGAAGCCCGGUAUUUUCCCACGCGGCAAAGGUACUUGUGGUUUAAGGCUCCAUCCCUACAAUUUGGUGAUUCGCUUGUCAACAAGUCAACGCCUGGUCAACAGGUCAUGGGAUGGUAAACGGGUCAAGGGAUGGUCAACAAGUCAAGGGGUCUGGUCAACGGUCAACACUGCGUCUCUGCAGUUGGUUGAUUGGCUGGUCAACAAGUUAAGGAAUGGUCAACAAGUCAAGGCUCCAUCUAUACAAGUCGAGGGAUGGUGAACGGUCAAGACUCCGUCCCUGCAGUUGGUUGAUUGGCUGGUCUACAAGUCAAGGGCUGGUCAACAGUCAAGGCUCCGUCUAUGCAAGUUGAGGGCUGGUGAAACAAGUCGAGGGCUGGUUGAGCAAUUGGAGUGCUGGUCAUCAAGUCCCAGGCUGGUCCACAAGUCAAGGGCUGGUCAAGGAUCAAGACUCCAUUUCUGCAGUUGGUUGAUUGGCUGGUCAACAAGUCGAGUGCUGGUCAACAAGUCAAGGGCUGGUCUGCACGUCAAGGCCUGGUCAACGGUCAAAGACUCCAUUUCUGCAGUUGGUUGAUUGGCUGGUCAACAAGUGACAAUUGGGUGAUUGGCUGGUCAACAAGUCGAGUGCUGGUCAACAAGCCAAGGGCUGGUCUGCACGUCAAGGGCUGGUCAACGGUCAAGACUCCAUUUCUGCAGUUAAGGGUGAUUGGCUGGUCAACAAGUCAAGGGCUGGUCAACAAGUCAAGGCUCCAUUUAUACCAGGUGAGGGCUGGCCAACAAGUCAAGGGCUGGUCAACAAGUCAAGGGCUGGUUGGUGCCUUGCUGGCUAGUUGUGCGGACUUCAUUCCGUGACAAGGUAACAAGCGCUGACUUUUUGAUCGAGUCUUUUGUUUGUAGCACGCUAGCCGUAGAGGCGUACGUGUACGGCGAGUCUGGAAGUGGGAAGCCAGGGGCAAGUGCGAUGCUGCGUGAAGGAUCGCAACCUUGUGCUGUUCCACAACAAGUCGACAGCGGGUCCAUGCAAGCGUUCAGCAAUAACUACUACCCAUGAACUAGCGACGAUAUAUUAAUAUGAUAUGUCAAUGAUCAUUGAUCUAACAAUGGUAUUUCAGUGAUGCAUCAAUGACCCCAUCAACUUUUCUAAAUGAUCUCAUCGUCAAUGAUUUUAGCCCGAUGAUCAAAAGCAUUGUUAUCAAUGAUCCAUCCAUCAUUGAUCUAUCAAUGACGUAUCAAUGUUCUAUCAAUGAUCUAUCUACUCAGUGUGUUUUAUCGGUGAUUGGUUGCGAGUUCAAUUCGGAUAACGAUUGGAGUUCGAUUUCGCUAAGAGUCCGAAUAAUAAUAAUAAUUUGGUAUAGAAGACUUAGCAUUGCCGGAACUUGCUGGCGUUUUCGACGAUCGAAAAAUUGACGAAAACACAAGAAUAUUAUUUGUGCGACGCGUGGCGACCACGGUCGCACAAUAUAUUAUCUGUGGUUUCAGUUCGGUUUCGGUUAUCUAGGAGAUACUGGCCAGCGAGUCGAGUCCUCUGUAUUUUUUUUCUCCCUCUCUUUGAAGGGGUUGAUCUUGAGUGUGUUUCGGGUAGUGAAUCGGUCGCUUGCUUUUUCGGUUUUGAACGCGGUGUGUGCAAACUAGUAGGGGAGAAGACGGAGGAGGAAUGAGGGAAAGAGAAAUAACGAUGAGAGGGGAGAAGGCGGAGGAGGAAAGAGGGAAAGAGAAAUAACGGCGAGAGGGGAGAAGACGGAGGAGGAAAGAGGGAAAGAGAAAUAACGGUGAGAGUGGAGAAGACCGAAGAGGAAAGAGGGAAAGAGAAAAAAUGACGACAAGGGAGAAGAGUCGGAGGACGGAGGCGGAGAGAGGGAAAGAGAAAUCCCUUGCUUGUUUUUUUUCGGUUUUGAACUCGGUGUGUACUACAAACUAGUAGGCGAGAAGGCGGAGGAGGAAAGAGGGAAAGAGAAAAAACACAGAGGGGAGAAGACGGAGGAGGAAAGAGGGAAAGAGAAAUCCCUCACUUGCUUUUUCGGUUUCGAACUCGGUGUGUGCGAACUAGUAGCACAGAAGGAGGGGGAGGGACGAGGGAAAGAGAAAAAACGACGAGAUGGAAACCAAGUGACAGGGCAACGUGAACUGCUGGGAGGGCGCUUGAAAACCUUGACUCGUCUUGUCAUGAAUUACAGCUGUAUACAGAGCCAGGUAUUAGGCAGAAGAUGAUCUGAUAGCAACUUACGUGAUCGACGGACGGGUAGAGGGGAGGGGGAACACCGGGGCUGUGGGACUUAGUGAGAUGUAACGAUGAACAGGACGAGAGACUUCGGAGAGAGUCUCGUAGGAGAUUUUAGAGCUUCCUUGUUUUUUUCUUUUUUUUUCGGGGGGGCGGAAACGGGGAGGAAGGGGUGGAGGCGGAGGAGGGCAGGGGACAAUCGGAAGGCUAAGAGAUCAGCCCCACAUGUGCUAUGUUUCGGCUCUCAGAAAGCAUGGACCUGGACUUAAUAGCGGCCUGGUUCAACUUGGAUCAAUUGCUGUGGAUUUUUUACUGCUGUUUUAUUACUGUGGUUUCUUGGUAGAUGUAGCUAGUCUGGCGUAGUUAAUCGGUCGUUGACCGUGGCUCAGGUAGGGGUUCAGCUACGGUGUCUGUGUAACUGUAGCUUGCUAUAAUAGUGACUUAGGUACUGCAUCAAUAACCGCGGUAGCCGCAUCGCUAACUGCGGGAACUUCAGUAAUGGCAGCAACCUCGGUAACUAUGGCGAUUUGGCUUAGUUCACACACACACAGUGCAUUUCCAAGUGAGGGCUGAGUUGCCGAUUCAUGCUAUGCUCCGCUGCUUUGCCGCAGCUCAGUGGCUUUCUCGGUCAUUUUUUUUCACCCAAUGUCGCAAGUUCGCUUACGCCAACUCGGGUAUGGGCAGGCCUGGCUUAGAUCUGUGAAGUUGCUGAGGUUAACCCGACGGACAAUCAAAUAUCAAAUGUGUC